CUACACUAUUUCUCUAUAUAAGAUCCAACUUACCCGCGGACCUAAACACGCCUUUAGCAAGAUCUGGCCAUUAUAUUUAGACAAACAUCACCAGAAAUACAAUAUAUCGCUUGGCUUUUGGCAUUCGGAACAUAUACCGACGAAAAUACCCCGGUAGUCAUGUCUGAUCCUCUUGGCCUUAUUUCUAGCUCCUGCUUCCAUCGCCGCGUCACUCUUGACACAGCAUGGGGUCUAUUAACUGUCUCGUUCGCCGAGAUAGGCUGCAUCACCGGGGCUCCCCUGAUGUUGUUGCCGGGCAUGUUCGCAUCGCGCUAUUUGGGCAUUCCUCUACACGCAAUUGCAAAGCGCGCUGGUGUGCGUCUGCUCGUUGUCGACCGGCCGGGCAUGGGCGCAUCGACUGAUGUUCCAUCCACCCAACGAGUCGCCGCUUGGGUUAAUUUGCUGCCGCGUCUGCUGGCUCAUCUCAACAUUACACGCAUUAGUCUUAUCGCCCAUAGCGCCGGCACAGUUUAUAUGCUCAAUACCUGGGCGCAUUGCCGUGAACUUAUAAACCCAGACAUUACUUUAUUAGCCCCGUGGGUUGAUCCAUCCUGCUCGCGCGUUACAGUAGUGCAAAUAGCACAGUAUGUGCCAGCCAAAGCAUUCACACUAUGGCACCAUAUCCCGCGCUUCUUCGCAACUCAAGCUAUCCCUGCGCUGGCGCUAAGCGGUACUCUACUUCGCCAGAUAUCACCACGAAGUGGUGAGACGGCAGAUGACCGCUCAUUCCUCGAUGCCAAUUCGAGGAGUGUCGACCGCGACUACAGCGUGUCAUGUGCGGAACAGGCGGAGCUCUUUCGCCUCGUCGUUCCCUUCAUGUACGCUGAGAACACCGUCGGUGCCAACAGUGAGGCUCUUCUGUGCCUUCGAAAGAGCGAUGGCAGUGACUGGGGGGUUUGUUCGGACUAUGCUCAAUGUGCGCAGGUGCUGGCUGCCCGCGAACAAUCCACAGGUGGCCGAGUCCGUCUCCGUACGUACUUUGCUUCCAAAGAUGCCCUAGUGGGCAGUCGGGGGCAAAGAUAUUUCGAAGAGUGCUGGCAGGCACCAGGUGUGGAGGCCAUUGACUUUGUCUCCACGACGGUCGAUAAAACAGACCAUGAUACUCUGAUGCAGUCGGUGGAGGUAUGGGAAGCAAUAUUCGCCUCGAUGGGUGGGUAUCAGUAACUCGAAAGGAUUGAUACUACUAACCGACAUCUAUCUGAUUUCUCAGGUACCCCACUUCCUGCCGUAUUAAUCAUACCUGUUUGAGGUGUCGAUUGUCUUGGCUGCGCAGAGAUUUUGUUUUCUUGUUUACAUAGUAACCUAUCUACCCUUUGCUCUUUGAUUGAUAGUUUCUGCAUUAUCACUAUACCUUCAAAAGAUCAAUUAAGCCAUAACAUUAUAAUUCAAGUAUAAAACUUUAUGGUCCGCGCAGUUAUUAUUUCUCCGCAAUACUUACACAAUCUUCCCGAAUCAUUCAUAACGCAGCUGAUUCAAACUUUACUACUACUUCGUCACAUUUUGGUAUUAUGCUACCGCGGAGGUUCAUCUACAGUAAGCCUCAUGUGCAAGACUGUUGUAUCUAGCGCACCAGCCACAAGAUUAUAGACACUAUUCCAAAUGCAGCAC